GUCGGUAUCGUAGUAAUCGCGGUCGGAUCCCGGAGAGCAAACACGCGGCUCCGGUGGUGGGACGCGCUGAUAAUACAAUUAGAGUCGCGCUGGUUGGCGCGGGAGGCAGUACGCCGCACUUGUUAGUGAGUCAGUGAGAGAUGCGCGGGAGCACGGCUGGACUCGCUGACACGCUCGCGGGCGGCUCCCGAGCCCACGCCGCGUUACUCGCCGCCGCCGACGUCCUCUUCGCAGCAACAGUGGUCGCGCCCGCCGUAGUCGCCUACUGGAAAUCAACAUGGAUCCUUAUGGACUUGUAUGUGCUACCCGAGCAUCCGAUCGCUAGUGCGGCCAUCAGCGCUGGUUUCGGUCUUCUCUGUGACUUGACGUUUUGCGCGUUACAAUCCGAGUUGGCCAAGCUACUGCAGCCAGAGCGCGGCCGGUUGACGUACUACGCGCUGUCGCGUUGUUGCACGUGCGUGGCCGCGGUGGGUUGUGUGGGUGCUUGGCGUGGUGUAUGGAACCUGUUGAACGAGUGCACGGGCAACAGCGCGCGGACGCUGCUGUCCACGACAGCGGCGGCGACGCUUUCGCUCGCUGCGCUACGCACAUUGCGCAACAUCAGCGCGGCGCCAUUCGCUGUAGCCGUGGAUUCACCGCCCGAUUACUUCGCGGUUCCGACAAUGUUCCGCACGAACAGUAAAGACAUGGCGCUCUACGUGUUGGACUGCGUGUUCUCAGUGAGCGUGGUUGGCUCGCUGGUGGUGUUCGUGUGGCGAGGCUCCUGGGCUCUAUUGGACAUCUUUAUUUUACCAGACAACCUGGUUAAGUCUUUGUGGAUUUCACUGGCACUAGGUUACGCGCUGGUUAUUAUGACGUUCUCUCUUCAAGUCCCGAUGUGUUGGGCUGCAGCACGUCUCCGAGGCGCGCCGAGACUCCUCCUGGCCGACGUAUACCAUCUCGUGUCGUUUUUCGCGACGGUCAACGUCUGGCGAGGAGUGUGGGGCUUGCUCAAUGUUUAUUUCUUCCCUGAUUGGCCGAAAUUCAGCAACUGGUGCACCCAUAUCGUCAGUUUCUGCCUUCUCGUCUUAUUGAACUGUUCCAAUUCGAUCCUCGUCCGAGGAGUCUACAUUGACGCCGAGGAACCGGACGGAGAAUGCGUAGUUUUCCCGUGUCAUUAUCUAAGACUAUUUGUCCACAAAGAGAGAACUAAGAAGAGACAUAAAAGAGCCCUUGCUGCCGCCGCUAAAGAAGGGAGACGACAAGAAGUCGCUAGUCUACCUCUGCAGCCCGAAGACAAAGUCUAGUCUGGAGGACGACUUCGCUAGAUCGCGACUCCAAGAGAUUGGAGCAGACGCUUACUAAACGGCUUGCUGAAGCCGGGUCGUUAUAACAAAACUAAAUUAUUUUCUAGUGUUAUAUCAGAAAAAAAACAUUCCCGUAAUACUACUUUUUUUUUUA